GAUAAUAAUCACCAAUAAUUUUAUUUACAAUUAUUUCUAAUAAUGUGUUCUUCAAUUAUAACUAAUAUUUGGUACGAUGAAUUUUCGCUAUAUUUUGAGUUAAAAAUAACGGAAAAGUAUUUAGUUGAUAUUAUAGAUACAAUCAAUGAGUUAUUCAAUAUAAAAUUAGGAUUCAAUGCUAGAGAUGUUAUAGUAUCACAAUGGAGGAAUAAAGAUAUUGAUUAUACUCCAACAUACGUGGUAUAUAAUCGAUACAUGGAUGGAUUUUCUUACGAAACCAUUUAUUGUCAAAAUGCUAAUCACUACACAAACGGAAAUUAUUCAAAUAUGAAUAUCGACAACGAAUAUAAACAAAUUACUGAUUUCUGUUUUCGAACAAACUGUCCGUAUUUCGCGGUGAUUAUAGAAUUAUUUUACAUGGAAUUAAAAAACCUGUCAAGUGUUUACUACAUAUUAGCUGAUUUCUACUCAUGGGCUACGGUAGUAGUUGCAAAUCACGCUCGGCCACGAACAAAUGUACAGAAAAUUCAUCAAUUUUCUUCGUAUUUCUCUCCCUUGCUAGUAAAUAAUUUCCACUAUUUGUUUGAUCAAUCAGUGACAUAUAUUCAUUUGAAUUUCAAUUUUAGAAACGAAAAACUACAGAACAAGAUAUCUCUUGUUCCUAUUAAAUAUUUCUCGUGAGACAAUUUCCAUGGCGAACAUUAAAAUGUAUAUGAAAAGUCCAACAGAUAUUCCCUGACAGUUCCAUGCUUACAGAAAAAGUAGACUACACAGAUAAAACGAAUGACUUAGGCUAAGAAAAUUUUU